AUGGGUUUCGCCCAUCUGCCGCAAUUCUUCUACAGCCAAUUCGCAGUCACACCUCCAAAGCCGACAAAAGACUGCACCGGCAAGACUGUCAUCAUCACUGGCGCAAAUGUGGGUCUUGGGAAGGAAGCCGCUCGCCACUAUGUUCGUCUGAACGCAGAGAGAGUCAUAAUCGCCUGCCGGAGCUCAGAGAAAGGCGAGGCAGCCAAACAAGACAUUGAACAAUCCACUGGGCGGAAAGGCGCGAUUGAAGUCUGGCAACUGGACUUGGCGAGUUACGAGAGCGUCAAGCAGUUUGCCAAAAGAGUCAAUACACUUCCACGUGUUGAUAUCAUGAUUGAAAAUGCUGGCAUCUCAACAGCGAAGUAUUCUCUGGCAGAAGACAACGAAAGCACAAUCACAGUCAACGUUGUCUCAACAUUUCUCCUCGCACUCCUUGUGAUCCCAAAACUCCGCGAAACAGCAUCGAAAUACAACAUCCUCCCCACACUCACAAUUGUCAGCUCGGAAGUUCACCACUUCACCUCCUUCCCAGAACGAAAGGCCUCAUCCAUCUUCUCGACUUUGAAUUCGAAAGAAGAAGCCCGAAUGGCCGAUCGCUAUAAUGUCAGCAAAUUCCUCGAAGUCGUCAGUAUUCGCGAGAUUGUGAAGGAGAACCCGAAUUUGGGCGAGCAGUUGACACUGAACUUUGUCAAUCCUGGUUGGUGUCAUAGCGAGUUGAUGAGGGAAAUCUCGAAUCAUAUCAUCAGGCUUAUUCAACUUAUCAUGUGCCGAACUACAGAAGUCGGCAGCCGUACGCUGGUCGAUGCUGGCUUGAGAGGUCAGGAGUCUCAUGGCAAGUAUCUGAGUGAUUGUCGGGUAGAGAAAUGCUCGGUACUAGUGGAAGGUCGUGAAGGUCCAGAAAUUCAGAAACGAGUUUGGGGCGAGUUACGUGAAAAGCUGGAGAAGAUUCAGCCGGGCGUCACAAAAGUGUUGAGUGCGUGA